GAAAACAUAUAAUCUGAAACUAUAUAAAAAAUUCAUUUUUUUAUUUUUAUUUUAUUUGUUUUUAUUUAUUUUUGUUUGUUUAUUUAAUUUUAAAUCAAGGGUAUUAGAGAUAUUUUAUCCUUUAAUAAAUGUCAUUUUUGUUACUUUCUCUUUUUAAUGCUAUUUUUGAGGUAAAAACUCAAAAUGUGUUAUUAUUGACAAUUGCCCAUAAAUCUAUGAGGAUUAAUAUAAUCAAAGGAGGUGGAUUCACCAUUUACUAUUUAUGACAUAUAACAAAUAUAUACAAACUCUAUGUAUACUAAGAUACAAAGACAGACUAAAAUACAAAACACAUUUGCUAAAUUAUAAUUAAGAAAACACUAUGACAUUAUUCUACAUAAGUAAACAUUAUACAUAAGUAAAUGAAGCUUAACGACCAAAAGAAGAAAACAAGUUCUAACAUAUUUCCAUCUUCUUUAGCUGAAUAACUUUUUUUCAGGUUUAUCAUUUAUGUAACACUAUUUUAAAAUAACAUAAUUUUUUUGUUACUUUAAUCUAUAAAUUAAAAAGUAAUAUCGUUCAGAAAAUAGCGUAGAAAAGAAUUGAAAUAUUAGAAUAAAACUGGAGAAAACUAAAACUUUGAGAAUAUAAAUACAACUAAAUUAAAAUUAAAACCAAACAAUUAAUAUAUCAAUUAAAAAUAAAAGUUUAACAAAUUAAAGUAUGUAAUCCGCGCGUAGCUGAAUAAGGGCUCCUCUCAUGCUGUCCACGUCUUCAAUUAUAAUCAACCAAUAGAAAAUCACUGUUCAGCCACGUCAUUUUGUUUCUAUCAGGCUUAAAAUUCACAAUUUCUCUAUUGGACUUUCCCUCAUCUGUGGCCCAGUCAAUAUCACAAAAUAAAACCCUAAUACCCAUCUGUAUCGACGUUCUUCUUCGUCUUCUCCGUUUCCUCAUCAUCCAAACUCCAUUACUGACCCUAACUGCUAUCAAUCAAUCUUCUUCACUACCCUCUUAAUUAAUUCGUUUCAUCUCCUUAUAUUUAUCCUUCUUUAUAAACCAUUUCGUCUUCAAUGGCUUCCAUUCAGUCUCGAAAUUCUCCUCCUCUCAAGAAGUUGCAGCUAUGGCUACGAAACCAAACGGCAAGUCUAUUGUCUCCACCGGAAAGUCCCCAGUUGCCAUGUACUUUAACGAUAUCUCACCAGGUCCACAUGAAUCCGAAUUACGGUUCUGGCUGAUACAUUUCUGGGAGGCUAGAAACAUAGCAAAAGCAAAAACUCUUAUUGGUCUGGAAAAUCUCAUGAUCGAUGAACAGGGAACUGUGAUGCAAGGGUUCAUACCAGCAAGCCGUGUUCAACAAUACUUGCGUGACCUCAAACCAGGCACCAUUUACAAACUCUUCAAUUUCUUUGGUUCUAAAAGCAAAGAGGUCUAUCGGGUUGCUGAUCACAGUGUUGACCGUUUCAUUCUCAUACAAGCAUGCUCUGUCUGUUCUUGACGACAAUCCCCUCCUUAUCGACGAAGACCGGUUCUGGUUCCAUUCACACGAGGAUUUUGAAGCUAAUUGUGACCUCAAAGGUGACCUCUACGGUAAGCCGUCGAUCUAAUAUUUCAUAUCAUAUUAUCUCUGAGCUGUAUUGUUUUAUGAUCGGAUGUAGUAUUUAGCUUUUGUUCCUGCAUUCAAAUAAAGUAAUUAGUUCAAUACAAAAAUCUCGAAUGAAAGCAACCGUCUCAAAUUUCUUAAAUAAAGUAGUAAGUUCAACUUUUAAAAGUUUGGGUUUCUCUUUAUACUGAAAAGGAGCGACCUGUCGAUGACUGAAUAAUGGGUUUGUGAAGUUUAGUAUAACAAUUUAUUAACCCUCGACCUUGGCUUUUGUUGGUGAUACAAUAUUAUACUUUUUAAUUUUUGGCCAUCUAACUUAUACUUUUGCUGAACCAUU